GCUCUGCAGGCGGCAGGCGAGGACCGUGGACCGGGGCGGGCCGGUGGAGAGCUCCAGGGCCUAGGAAGAGGUGUGGGGUGGAGAGGCGCGAACUAGAGGGAGCCUGGAGGCCUCAGCCACCCCUCCGGAUGCUGGUGCUGCCGUCCCCUUGCCCCCAGCCCCUGGCGCUUCCCUCUGUUGAGGCCAUGGAGGCCCCUCCCCCUCGGACAGGCAGGUCCCCUGAACCUGGACCUUCCUCCUCCACUGGAUCUCCCCAGACUUCGUCCCCUCCAAGGCCCAACCACUACCUUCUCAUUGACACCCAGGGUGUCCCCUACACAGUGCUGGUGGACGAGGAGUCGCAGAGGGAGCCUGGGGCUGAUGGGGCUUCGGCGCAGAAAAAGUGCUACAGCUGUCCUGUGUGCUCCAGGGUCUUCGAGUACAUGUCUUACCUUCAGCGACACAGCAUCACCCACUCAGAGGUGAAGCCAUUCGAGUGUGACACCUGCGGGAAGGCAUUCAAGCGGGCCAGCCACCUGGCACGGCACCACUCCAUUCACAGAGCCGGUGGUGGGCGACCCCACGGCUGCCCGCUCUGCCCUCGCCGCUUCCGGGAUGCGGGGGAGCUAGCCCAGCACAGCCGCGUGCACUCCGGCGAGCGCCCGUUUCAGUGCCCACACUGCCCGCGCCGCUUUAUGGAGCAGAACACGCUGCAGAAGCAUGCCCGGUGGAAGCAUCCAUGAUCUGGUAUCAUGCAUCCCAGGGUCGUAGGACUACUGAAGCCCUGAGACACUUGUGGAGGUGCAGGCCUGCUCUCAGGGCCCUGGACACAGAUGAAACUGGCCUCCUCUGGAAGUGAUUCCCUUCCUGGAGGAGGAAUCCCUAAGCCAUUGCUGCGAGCUCGGUGCUUUAGAGCUGUGAUGGGCACAAGUGAGCCCUCACACAGAAUGGGGUCCUUUGGCUCUGAAGACCUGGGGUGGUCCAUGAUAGAGCCCUGACUGGAGGGGCCAAGGGAGAAAAUGUUGUGCCUGAAAACUUGCCCCUUCAAGAAAGCAGCCCUUGGGAGGCCUCACUGUCUUCCUGAGGCCACUAUGCUGACACUGGGCAGGGUCCAGACCUGCCUUCUUUUCCCAACCAGGACUUGAGGCUGGACACCCAAUAAACAGCUUCCCAUUCUGA